CCGUCCGCCAAAGCCGCAAUGGAGCAUCAAGAAAGGCCCGAUGGGCGGUGGAGCUCGUUGACGGCAAUCCUCACGUUAUCCGCCUCAAGGGCUGCCAUGGCCGCUACCUCACCGCCUCCGAUGAGGCUUUUCUCCUCGGAAUGACUGGCAAAAAGGUACUCCAAACCAUUCCAGAUACAAAGAAAGAUGCUUCUAUUGAGUGGGAGCCCAUCAAGGAGGGGUACAGAGUGAAGUUAAGGACUAAAGGAGGUAAGUUCUUGAGGGCCAACGGCGCAACGCCGCCGUGGAGAAACUCUGUAACUCAUGAUCUUCCACACAGAACUGCAACUCAAGAUUGGGUGUUGUGGGAUGUUGAUAUGGUGGAUGUUUCUGUAUUAGACGAUGAGUAUUUGCCCAGCAACGCUUCGAGUUUUAAUUCUUCUAUACAGGAUCAAGAUCAUUCGUUCCCAAGCUCGCCCUGCACGCCAUCAGUUAUCUCUGAAAGCCGGGUGAUGUCUGCUGCGUCCGAGCGGGUAUGGGAGUCGUCUAUCGUCUCUCAGAAACGGUGGCCGUCUAUUGGAACUGAUCACAGGUCUUCUCGCAAUAGCGGAAGACAGGAUGGAAUGGAGUUUUUCAACAAAGCAAAAGCAGUACGGCUCCAGAGCCACCUGGGGAAAUACUUACUAGCCGACGACGACGAACAAACAGUCCGUCAAAGCCGUAACGGAGCGUCGCACAACGCGCGUUGGACGGUGGAGUUCGUGGAGGGCAAAAGCAACCGAAUCCGCCUGAAGAGCUGCCACGGACUGUACCUCACCGCCGCAGACGAACCGUUUCUUCUCGGCAUGACGGGGAAGAAGGUCCUCCAAACCCUGCCGGGAACAAAAACGGACAUUGCGAUCGAGUGGGAGCCCAUAAAGGAAGGGCUAAACGUGAAGCUAAUGACAAGCGAGGGGAAGUUCUUGAGAGCCAACGGCGGCUCACCGCCGUGGAGGAACUCUGUCACGCACGAUGUGCCGCACAGGACUGCAACACAGAGUUGGGUGUUAUGGGGGGUGGAUAUCGUGGAUAUUGCGGUAUCGGAUUUGGAUUCAAAUUCGGGUUGGUCAUCGCCUGCUUCGAGCUUUUCUUCGUUGGCGGAUGACUAUUCGGGUUCGCCGGAUACCGGGUCGCCGAUGAUCCAGUACUGCAAGUCCGGGAAUGACUCCAUCAAAGAGGUCUCUGGAAUGGAGUUCUUCAAGAACGCCAGGACCGUGAGGCUGAGGAGCAUUCACGAUAAGUUCCUGAUGGCAGAUUCGGACGAAGAAAAAGUGGUGCAAGAUCGUCAUGGCACUCAUAAGUCCGUCAGAUGGACAGUAGAAUUCGUGGAAGGAGUGGAUACCGUGAUACGUCUGAAGAGCUGUUACGGCAAAUACCUAACGGCGUCGGACGAGGAGCACAGGCUGGGGGUGACGGGAAGGAAAGUUAUACAGAGCCUCCCGAGGAAGUUGGAUUCGUCUGUCGAGUGGGAGCCGGUGACCGACGCUAACAGAGUGCUAGUGAAGCUCAAAACUAGGUAUGGUAACUACUUGCGCGCAAACGGAGGGUUGCCGCCGUGGAGAAACUCCAUCACCCAUGAUGUCCCUCAGAGACAUCAUGAUUGGAUAUUAUGGAGUGUUGACAUUAUGCAGACCCGUCCCAAAUCCCCCCCCAAAGUCUCGACGUCUGAGUCGGAGGAUGAUCUCAACUCUUCUUUCCAUCUUAUCUCUUCAAGUCCUGGGUUGAGCGGUAAACAUGAAGAUCCACCAAUGAAAUCCGAAGGUAGGCUAAUAUAUUACUGUGUCGCGGAUGAUGAUGGGGACUUCGGUGAUGACAAGAAUGCGCCUUCAUUUCACUUUAAAGGGUUUGGGUUGGAGGAAUUGACUCAAAAGUUGGAGGAAGAAACAGGGCUCAAGGAUAUAAUCGUGUGUUCACGGAACCUCAUCAAUGGAAAGCUAUAUCCACUUCGGUUGGCUCUGCCUCCCAAUAAACCAACUAUGCAUGUUGUCGUAGUUCCACCAACAUCCAGAGCGGUGAGAGAGUUUCAGGAAUGACGACUGUUUGUUUCUGUAUGCAUAUGACCAUAGUCCUGAUCUUGCUCCGGCGGAGCAGGCACAAACUCUACUCAGAUAACUUGGUGUUCGGCUCUUCUAUUCCUUCAUCAUAUAUAAGGAUAUUCAGUGAUUUCUGUCAUCCAACAUGGGGAACUCGAGGGUGUUAAAUUUGUUGUGCGGUACUGUUACUUUCAUAGUCCCUGAAUCUUGGUUAGUUGGCCAUUUACUUCCCCAUGUCCAUCUAAAACUGUACAGUAUUAUUCCUUGUGUUUUAUGCUUUUGCAAAUGAUCUCUUCUCAGCAGACAUAAUAACUCAUGCUGGGGAUGUCUAUGAAACUUCCAUUAUUCCUUUGUAUACAAAUGUUCAUUCUUUCUAUGUUAUAUUUGAGUUUGGUUUGGUUGUUGAUUCAGUUCUUGAAGGAGGGACUGAGUCCAUACUA